AUGAUCGUGCAAGAAGGUGACAUAUUUCCUUGUAUGUAUUUUAUUCACGAAGGAGAAGUCGAAAAGUGGGUUACCGACAAAGGCGGCGACAAAAAAAUGAUAUCCCUUUUAAGUACGAACGAUUAUUUUGGAUUUAUACCAGGUCUCUUUCCAAACUCUCCAUUUCAAUUCACCUAUAUGUCACGGACGGUCGUUGAUGUAGUUUUCCUGAGAUUUAAAGACUGGCAAGAUCUUCUGCACGGGUACCCUAAAAUCAAAUAUAGUCUAUACACGGCGGCAAAACAAUUGAAAAAGGAAAUGAUGGGAAAAAAUUAG